AUCUGUAGAGUUACAUCAUGGGCAUGCGAUGGUAUGGUUCCGCGCUAGCGUACGCAGUUUAUUAGUUGAUUUUGUUAAUAUUCGCUAACAGGUAUCCUCAAAGAGAACAUAUUGACGAGCUAGCGUGAAUAGUCAAGCUUGUCGACUUUUAAAAAAAUUGGAGGGUGAUAAUGAUGGGCUCCUUACAGAUAUUUGUGCGAACCGGGAAAUUUGCUCCAAGAUUUCUUAAGGUUCCAAAGGGAGUAAGCACAUACUUGAGUCGAAGCAAAUAUUACUAUGUAAAUGAGAAAAAAGAUGAAAACUGGACAAAUAUUAUGGACGCUGCAAGUACGCAUAUGUUUUUCCUUGAAAUUUUUCGAGGCUUUGGAGUCAUUUUGUCUCAGGUGUUUAGAGAGCCAGCGACGAUAAAUUAUCCUUUUGAAAAGGGGCCUCUGAGUCCAAGGUUUAGGGGAGAGCAUGCACUAAGAAGGUAUCCUUCUGGAGAAGAGAGAUGUAUUGCUUGUAAAUUAUGUGAGGCGAUAUGUCCUGCGCAAGCUAUUACAAUCGAGGCGGAGGAAAGGGCAGACGGAUCUCGACGGACUACAAGAUAUGACAUUGAUAUGUCUAAAUGUAUUUAUUGCGGUUUUUGCCAAGAGGCUUGUCCGGUAGAUGCUAUUGUUGAGGGUCCCAACUUUGAAUUUUCAACUGAAACUCACGAGGAGAUGCUGUACAACAAGGAAAAGCUUUUAAAUAAUGGAGAUAAAUGGGAAUCUGAAAUUGCUAGUAAUAUCCAUGCUGAUCAUUUGUAUCGUUAAGCAUUGUGUGUGUAAUGUAGUCGCAAUUAAUGAUUAAGUAAAAAGGUAUGAGGAAUUGAAUAUUAAAGAAGAUUCCUACCGCUACAUAUGUAAUAUAUGAAAUAUUUAAAUAGAUUAAAUAAAAGGAUGUAUAGUUAAAUGUG